UUCAGUGUUACUUUGAAUGCAGAAGCUUACACUUCCAGGUAAUGAAACGGAAAAUAGUUUCAAUGUCACAUCCUAUAGCACGAUAUUAAAAGAUAAUAAAUCGCGCAAAAACAAUAAAGCGUACGAUACAUAUAAAUAAAGUCAUCAAAUUACGUAAGAAAGCGGAAAAACGUACUUACAUAAUAAUUAUUAUUGAUGACUGCAAUUAUAAUGGACGAGUCAUUCUUUGAGAAAAUUUUACAAGCUCAUGAGGAGAAUAAUAAAAUUCAUGUAUUGGAAUUAAGCAAAAAUCUAGCUACCGCUAAAGGAGAUAAUUACUUAAGCAACAUCUACCGAAUCAUUAUUAAAUACAGCAAAGAAAAUAAUAAUGGAAAAUCAAAUCAUGAAAUUAAUUUAAUCCUUAAAUCAAAAGUCGAGGAAUUUGUCUUUAAGGACAUGGACACUUCACACGUUUUUCAUAAUGAAAUUUACGUUUUUCAAAAAUUACUGCCCAAAAUUGAGAAAUACGUGGGCUGUUCAAUUGCACCUUUUCAUUUUGAUUCUAGCGAGGAUGAACAGUACAUUAUUAUGGAGGACCUUAGAAAGAAAGGAUAUACAAUGGGGGAGAAACUCAAGGGUUUUUCUCUUGAAUAUUGCCUUAAAAUUAUUGAAAAAAUAGCCAAAUUUCAUGCCGGAUCCGUUGCCGUUUAUGAAAAAGAACCACAUUUACUACAACCUUUCGAUAGUCUCUGUAAUCUACAAAGAUUUUCAGAAGAAUUUUUUAAAUUUAUCGAAAAUUCCCUAACAAGUCUGAGUGAAAACAUUAAAAAGACAUGGAAGGAAGAAGAAUAUCAAGAGAUCGCAUCAAAAUUAAAUAAUUUAGUUGGUAAAAUAAAGGAUGGACUACUCCAAGCAUUCCAACACGAUCCCAAUGAAUUUUGUGUACUAAAUCAUGGUGAUUUAUGGGUAAACAAUAUCAUGUACAAAAAUAAUCAAGACAGAAAAUCAUGUGAUGUAUUAUUAGUUGAUUAUCAAAUAGUAUCGUACACAUCGCCAGCAAUUGAUUUACAACACUUUUUAAUCAUGUGUCCACAAUUGGAAAUAAAGGGCAAACAUGAUGAACAAUUAUUAGAGACAUAUUUAACAAUAUUGUCAAAUACAAUGAAGAAAAUUGGUUGCAAAACAAAACCUCCAACUAUGGAAGAAAUUAAAAAUUCCAUUUAUAAGCGAAGAAUUUAUUCUAUUUUAACAGGACUGAUCUUCUUACCAGGAAUGCUGACAAAUAAAACUGACUUGGACCAAAUGGAUGUAAAUGUCUUUGAUGUGCCAUUAUCUGUAGAAGCAGUACACAAAAUAUCCAAACUCUAUCUAGAUAAGGGAUAUUUAGAUUGAAAAUAAUAGAAACUAUAAUAAGUAAUAACUUAUUUUUUCAUAGUUAAUUACAAUUAAUUAUUAGUUAAUUCAUAGUUAAUUAAUACUAAAUCGAUAGUAAAUUAAUUAUACUCUCU